AUGUCGAAUCCAGGGGAAAAAAGUUUCCGUAAGGAAAUUAAAAGUCUUGCGUCGGAGCGUAAGAAGCGUCGCGAGUUAAAUAUUCGAAAUACGAAGAAGAGUGUUGCGGAAGAAAAGUCGUGGUUGUAUAGUAUUGCGAGAGAAGAGGCAAGACGUCGUGGUGUGGUGACGAGGGAGAAGGCUAUAGAGAAGAAGCGUGUUUCGGAAGAGAAGGAAAUAUAUUUGAUCACAGGGAUGGUACCGGAAUGUGUUAAGGUGAUAUUAUGUAUUCCGCGAGGCGCACCCGAUGUUCGUUGGGUUAUAGAAUAUUUUAAGGAAUAUGGAUGCGUUCCUUUGAAAGCGAUGGCGGAACCGAGUAAAGGAUGUGUUAUGUAUUUUAAGGGGAUAGAAGAGGAAACGGGAGUAUUAAUAGACCCGUAUAAUAUGUAUUACAUAGAACUGUUAAUGAGGACCAGAAGCCUAGUGUGGAACGUAAGACGACAGCAGCGGUACGAAAGGAACAGAGAGGAAGGUAAGCGUUUAUUGGAUGAAAGACAACGUUUAGCGGAGGAAAAAGGUAUAGUUAAAUUAAAACAACGCGGCCCCGGGUAUAAGGGGAAAUCAGACAGGACAUACUACUUUCAGCUUGCAUUGGAAAAUGCAUGUAUCGAGAGGGAAAAGGAUGAGGUGAAAAAAGAACUUUUUGACUUGUACGGUGAUGAGGGUUACGAUCCUAGCGAUGAAACUUUUGAGGACUGGAUGGAAUGA